AUGCCCCCCUUUGCAAAGCCAGAGACCGUGCUCAAGCGCUCCGAGGAGCUCAUCAAUGUCGGCCAGCACCAGGCCGCCUUGGCCGCCCUCAACGAGAUCUUCACCUCGCGCCGCUUCAAGCAGACCCCGCUCGCCUCGCUCGAGCCCAUCAUGAUCCGCUUCGUCGACCUCUGCGUCGACCUCAAGAAGGGUCGCAUGGCCAAGGAGGGCCUCAUGCAGUACAAGAACGUCUCGCAAAACACAAACGCCCAGUCCAUCGAACUCGUCAUCAAGCACUUCAUCAAGCUCGCCGACGCCAAGGUGGUCGAGGCACAGUCCAAGGCCGAUGCCGCCGUCGGCGGCGAGAAGAUCGACGUCGACGACCUCGAGGAGUCCGAGACCCCCGAGUCCAUGCUCCUCGGCUCCGUCAGCGCAGACCAGAACAAGGACCGCACCGACCGCGUCCUCGUCACCCCUUGGCUCAAGUUCCUCUGGGAGGCCUACCGCACCGCCCUCGACAUCCUCCGCAACAACGCCCGCCUCGAGAUCCCCUACCAGCAGAUCGCAAACCAGGCGCUCAAGUUCUGCCUCCAGUACGAGCGCAAGACCGAGUUCCGCCGCCUCUGCGAGGUGCUGCGUCAGCACCUCCAAAACGUCGCUCGCUACUCCCACCACGCCCACGCCAUCAACCUCACCGACCAGGACACCCUCCAGCGCCACCUCGACACUCGCUUCGCCCAACUCAACGCCGCCGUCGAACUCGAGCUCUGGCAGGAGGCCUUCCGCUCCAUCGAGGACAUCCACAACCUCCUCACCAUGGCCAAGAAAGCGCCCCGCCCCGCCAUGAUGGCCAACUACUACGAGAAGCUCGCACGCAUCUUUAUGGUCUCGGACAACCACCUCUUCCACGCCGCCGCCUGGAACCGCUUCUACGCCCUCGCCCGCUCCAUCGCCAAGUCGGACCAGGAGCACACCCGCAUGGCCUCCUACGUCCUCAUCUCCGCCCUCGCCGUCCCCGUCAUCUCGUCCAACGCCCCGGGCACCGGCAACCUCAACAAGACCAAGUCCGACUUCCUCCAGGGCGAUCACGAGGGACGCACCCGCACCGGUCGCCUCACCUCGCUCCUCGGCCUCUCCCGCACCCCCACCCGCGCCGGCCUGCUCAAGGAGGCGCUCAACCGCGACAUCCUCAACAAGGCCCGCCCCGAGCUGCGCGAGCUCUACAACAUCCUCGAGGUCGAGUUCCACCCGCUCUCCAUCUGCGCCAAGAUCGAACCCAUCCUGGCCCAGAUCAGCCAGGACUCGGAGAUGGCCAAGUACGUCAAGCCGCUCCACUCGGUCGUCCUCACCCGCCUCUUCCAGCAGCUCAGCCAGGUCUACGACGCCGUCAAGCUCGACAAGGUCAUGCAGCUCGUCUCGGCCUUCAAGGCGCCCCACUCGUACUCGGCCGCCGAGAUCGAAAAGUUCUGCCUCAACGCGUGCAAAAAGGGCCACCUCAACAUCCGCAUCGACCACGUCGCCCAGGCCAUCACCUUCCAGGACGACGUCUUUGCCACCGACGCCCACCCCUCGGCCUCCACCACGUCCGAGGCGGACAACGUGCGCCUCCAGGCCACGCCCUCGGAGCUCGUGCGCACCCAGCUCAGCCGCCUCGCCACCUGCCUCGACACCACGCUCAACACCAUCGACCCCAGCGUGCUCGCCAACGCCCAGGCCGCCAAGCGCGACGUGUUUGCACGCGCCGUCGCCGCCGCCGACGACGAGCACAAGGCGGCCAUCGCACGCAAGGCCAUCCUCGCACGCCGCAAGGAGCUGCUCGAGGAGAUGGCCACGCGCAAGGAGCGCGAGGAGUCGGCCGCCCGCGCCGAGCGUGCGCGCGCCGCCGCCGAGGCCGAGCAGAAGCGCAUCGCCGACGAGGCCAAGAAGCGCGAGCAGGAGCGCAUCAACAAGGAGCUCGAGGCGGUGCGCAUCGAGGAGGCCAAGAAGAUGGCCAAGUCGCUGCAGGAGCGCGGCGGCCUCAAGCUGAGCGAGGAGGAGCUCGCCAACAUGGACACCAACAAGCUGGUGCAGAUGCAGGUGGAGCAGAUCGAAAAGGAGAAGAAGGAGCUCGCCGAGCGUCUGCGCCUCAUCCACCGCAAGAUGGACCACCUGGAGCGUGCGUACCGCCGCGAAGAGGCUCCGCUGCUCGAGGCCGACUAUGCGCGCCAGAAGGAGGAGGAUCUCAAGUACCACAAGGCGGCGCGCAUCACGCUGCUGCAGACGAGCAAGGAGAAGCACGCCGCCGACCUCGAGGUCAAGAAGAGGCUCACGCGCAUCUUGCCCGACUACCAGCAGCUGCGCUCCAUCAUCGAGGAGAAGCGUCGCGGCGAGUUCGAGGAGCGCCGACGCAACGCCGCCGAGCAGAUCGAGGUGGAGAAGGAGAAGCGCCGCCAGCAGGUGCGCGAGGAGAGGCGCCGCGAGCGCCAGGAGGCCGAGGAGGCCGAGCGCCGCCGUGCGCAGGAGGAGGAAGAGUCGCGUGCGCGUGCCGAGGAGGAGGAGCGUCUGGCCGAGAAGCGCCGCGCCGAAGAGGCCGAGCGCAGCGAGCUCGAGGCCAAGAAGCGCGCCGAGAUCGAGGAGCGCAUGGCCAAGCUGCAGGCGACGGCGGACAGGCAGCGCCAGCGCGAGGAGGAGGCCGAGGCGAACCGCCGCGCACGCAUCACGGGUGGCGCUGUCGCUGCGCCUGCUGCUGGUGCUGCAGGUGGUGUGGCUCGUCAGGAGUCGCCGGCUGCCGAGGGUGGUUGGCGCCGUGCUGGCUCGCCUGCUGUUUCGGCCGCGGCGGCUCCUGGUGCUGCCGCCGAGUCGCAGCGUCCGUCGAUCUUUGGCGCUGCACGCGCAGGUGCUGGCGGCGGAUGGCGCGAGCGUGAGGCGGCGAGGAAGGCAGCUGGCGGUGAUGCUGCUCCUGCUGCUCCUGCUGCUCCUGCUGCUCCUGCUGCUCCUGCUGCUGCCCCGGCCGCUGCUGCUCCGGCCCCCGCUGCUAGCAACGCCUACCGCCCCGGAAUGCUGCGUGGAGCUGGUGGUGCUGGACCCACGUGGCGCGAGCGCGAGGCGGCCAAGAACGCCGCUGGUGGUGCUGGUGCCGCUGCGCCUGCCGCUGCCACGGACAACGACGGCUUCACCGAGGUCAAGAAGAGCGUCUACCGCCCGCCCGCGUCGAGUGUGCAUUGGACCACCACCACCACCACCACCACCACCACCACCACCACAACCACCACCAUCACCAUCACCGUCGCCGUCAUGAGUCGGCUACUCGACACAUCUGCGCCACACGAGGCAGUGUCGGCAUUCACACGCGAUUCGGACACGAUCUCGGUGCGUUCUCGCCACACGCUUCGCGCGUUCGGCGACGACUCGGACGCGGACGAUCCGUGGUCUGCCAUCCCGCCCUCCUCGUCCACCUCUUCGGUUUCAGACCUAACGCGCCUACAGCGACGGAGGUUGCUUGGUCGGGCACUGGUUCAGCUGGUGGUGCUGUUUGUGGUAUGCUUGGUUGGGUUGGGGGGUACGUUGUGGUUGGCGUUGCCCGUGAUUGCACCAGAGGACAAGGCGAGUUUCAAGAUCCCCCGUUCGUUCGACGAUCUCAAGGCGCUCAAUGCGGUACUGCAGCACUACAAGACCGACCACUUUGCAAGGGUGUUGCUGUGCUGGGUGGUGGUGUACAUGUUCCUCCAGGCAUUCAGCAUUCCAGGAAGCAUGUAUAUGUCCAUCCUUGCCGGUGCACUCUUUGGAGUUCCACUCGCACUGCCGUUGGUCUGUGUUAGUGUGGCAACGGGUGCAACGAUCUGCUACUACAUCUCCAAAACUCUGGGCGUGGUGCUGGUGGCACUGCCGAGCUGGAAGAAAAGGGUGGAUGAAUGGAAGGAAAAGCUGGCGGAACAUUCGGAUGGGAUGGUGUCGUAUCUGAUCGUGGUUAGGAUGAUGCCCCUACCGCCGCAUAACAUCGUCAACAUCAUGGCUCCCCACCUCGGUAUUGGAGUGGGCACCUUCUGGCUCUCAACCUGCGGAGGCAUCUUUGCCGUCUCGGUGAUCCACACUACCAUCGGCGAAAAGUUGGACCAGAUGACGUCGCCCGACGACUUCCACCUCUUCUCCUGGCGCAACAUGCUACUCCUCGUAGGUGUCGCCGCUGCAGUUCUCCUCCCCGUGCUGAUCAAAAAGACACAGCAACCGCUCGAGGGCGAACCAUCGCGAGGACAGGUUUACCUCGGAGGAGACGACGACCAAGAAGCGAGAUUGCCCGACAGUUUCAGGCGCAACUUGGUAGGGGCAAGCGACAGCGACGACGAGCUGCCAAGACGUACGCUCGACACGGGCGGAAUCCAAGAGGACGAGGCAUGGAGAGAUGCCGCCAUGCUAGAUGACGACGAUGUGGAUGCCGACGUGAUUGGCCGAUCCGGAUUCCAAGAUCGAGGUGCACACCCCGCACCGCAUCAGCAGCAGCCAGCCUCCAAGCUCAAGAAGUGGAUGAGUGCAUCCGGGCUCAAACUCUAA